AUGGCGGAUACAGCAGACGCCACGCCAGUCUUCCGCAGCGGCCGCUGGGCGCGCGUGCCGUGCUCCGUGGUCGUGCACGCCUCGUGCUGUGCCUGCCUCGUCCUGCUGCAGGACGCGCUGCUGAAGCACCACCUGCGCGCUGGUCCCCCGACCAUGCAGCGGCAGGCCUGCCGCAGCGGGCCGGCGGGGGCGCGGCGCGACGAGCCGAUGGAGGCCCUCGGAUCUGGCGAGCCGGCGGGGCUCCGCGUCGGCACCUGCAGCCCUCUGCGUGCGCCAGCGAUGCCUCUUUGGAGCGCUUCGGGAGAGUCCCCGACGCCCGCAACCGGCACGGGACGUCCCCGGUGGCCAGACGCCGGGAGGCAGCUUCUUCUGAUGCACGUGCGGAAAGCGGGCGGGACGACGUUGAGGCACUGGGUUCAUUCCGCGUGCACCGUUCUGAAGAACACAGCGGAUUGCGCUUGGGAGAGAGAGGGGGCGUCCAUCAACAAUUACUUUUACUUCGAAUACCUGGCAGGCCCGAGAGCUAAGAUCACAAUCGCUAUCAUUAACAUACGAGAACCACUGGCAAGGACCCAGUCUCUCGUUAGUAUGAACAUCGCGCAACGAGAUAAAUCAUGCAAGGUCCAGGACGCGAAGGUCCUUUCGUCUGAGAAGUGCUUGGCUAACAACUCUGUCGAUGCUGAGCUCCAGAGAAUUCGCGAGUGCUUCAGUAUCCGGGGCGACCUCCCUGUAAACGCGGCUAUUUCCCCCCUGUACGAGUGCGGCGCGGACGUUUACGUCAAGACUCUGGUUGGCACAAGCGACGAGCAUUACCUGUGGAGCGAGGUGGCAGACGAGGGCAGACAUAGCAACACAUUGUUUUGGGACAGGGCGAGCAGCCAGGAACUCGAACGAGCCAAGCAGCGCCUCGUUGCCUUCCAUGGCGUCGCCAUCACAGAGUGGCUUAAUUUUGUAGCAUUUGAAGAUUUCAUGGUCAAGAUUGUCAUGGGUUUGCACAAUCGUAUUCGUUUCGGAUCUGCGUACCCAACACAGCACAAGACGAGGUCUGGAGACAGUACCAGGUUCACUCCCGAGCAGAUGAGAGCCGCGGAGCGAAUGAACGAACAGGAUGUGGCGCUGUAUGAUUAUGCUAAGCGGCUGGUGUUACAGCGCAUGGUGGGCGCGGGAUAUUGCUAA